UGCCGCAGCCGUAGGCAGCCGGCGGCCGCUCGCAGCCCUCGGCCUCCGCGGCCUCCGGGCCGAUGGGCAGCCUGCUGAGCGGGGUCAGCUUCAAGGAGCCCACCACGGUGGAGGACUGCGACUCCACCUGGGAGACCGACUCGGAGCCCGAGGCGGCGGAGCCGCAGCGGCAGGAGGGGGUGUGCACCGCCGCGGGAGGCGGGGAAGAGCCGCCCGAGCCGCCCGCCGCCGACUGCCGGCCCGGGGAGCCGCCGCCGGCCCUGCCAGCGCAGGAGGACGCGGAGCGGGCAGAGGCGGACGCCGCCAGCCCCGAGCAGAGUGGUGAUGGAGCUGAGCUGACAGCCAAGCCAAAGAGAAGCUUCUACGCAGCAAGAGAUUUAUACAAGUACCGACACCAGUAUCCACAGAACUUUAAAGAUCUUCGGUAUCAAAAUGACUUGUGCAAUCUCCGGUUUUACAAAAAUAAAAUCCCAUUUAAACCUGAUGGGGUUUAUAUUGAAGAAGUCCUAAAUAAAUGGAAAGGAGACUAUGAAAAACUGGAACAUAACCACACUUACAUACAGUGGCUUUUUCCACUAAGGGAACAAGGUCUGAACUUCUAUGCUAAAGAAUUAACUACAUAUGAAAUUGAGGAAUUCAAGAAAACAAAAGAAGCAAUUAGAAGAUUCCUUUUGGCUUACAAAAUGAUGUUGGAGUUUUUUGGAAUAAAACUAAUUGAUAAAACUGGAAAUGUAGCACGAGCUGCUAACUGGCAAGAAAGAUUUCAGCAUUUGAAUGAGUCUCAACAUAACUACUUGAGAAUCACUCGAAUUCUGAAAAGCCUUGGUGAACUUGGAUAUGAGAGUUUCAAAUCUCCCCUGGUAAAAUUUAUUCUGCAUGAAGCUCUUGUGGAAGAUACCAUUCCCAACAUUAAGCAAAGUGCUCUAGAAUAUUUUGUGUAUACUAUUAGAGACAGAAGAGAAAGGAGGAAACUGCUGAGAUUUGCCCAGCAACAUUAUACGCCCUCAGAGCAUUUUAUCUGGGGACCCCCAAGAAGACAGAAAUCAGAGGGAAGCAAAGCAAAUAAAAAGCCAGCAUCUCCAGUUUCCAUUCCCAAUAGUCAUAUUUCUAAGCAUAAGAAACCAAAAGAGCCGAAGAAUACAUUGGCAAGUGGAAGCUCAGCUGGUAAAAUAACUGAAGAAAGAAAGGUAGAAUUCACGAAAAAGGGGGAAGAAAACGAUCAGGAUGAGCAAGAAAUGAACUGUGAUGCUGUUGGGCAGAACAACAGUGAAAAGAACAGUGACAGUGAUACCAGUCAACUUUCAAAAUCAGAAGAAAUUAAUGAUAAUUCAGACAGAAAGGAGGACGCUUCUUAUUCCAAAAAAGAUGAUGAAAAUCUGAACAAUGACUGUGGAAAUCACCCAGGUGUUAGAGAAGAAGAUUUAUGUAACACUGAGAAUUCUUCAAAUGACCCAUCAGCAGAUCUACAAGAUAACCUUGAAAAGGAUACACUUUCAGGGGGGACCACCACAAAAACUAAGGAUGAGCUCAAACCAUGAGUCUGAGAUUUAAAAAAUCCUUGUUUCACUUUGAAUGAAGCAAAAUUAUUCAUUGCUUGUUAAUUUUGGUUGAAAUUUCCAUCUAAUGUUAGUUUACAAGACUAUGUUUGUUGCAAAUGCAUCAGAUUAGGCUUCUGGUAGGUUAAUGAGUUUUGGUUUUUCAAUCUCAGUUUAUCAGCAGUCAGCCAGGUGUGUCUCUUUAAAACAAUUGCGCAUAUUGAAAGCUAAGAAAUUCAUUAUCUUUUCCAGACAGAUUGCACAGAAAAGCUUAUCUACUUUUUGAAAUUCAUCCAGUAUUGAAAAAAAAAAGUGUAACAACUAAGACUGCCUUGGAACAUCAAAAUUUUAAGUUUCCUUUAAGCUUGCGUUUUGUUUUCCAUUUAGGAAAUUACUAGAAAUUAUUUCAAAACCACAGUGUUUUACCCUAGUGGUUAUUUUUUUAGGAACCAUGGUUGUGACUAAUAGCGGUAUUUGCACAGUAUCUUUUAGCUUAGAUUAGCAUCUUUGUUGGAGGCACUUAACAAUUGAUAGCAUAUAUCAUGUCCUGUACAGCUGGGAAUCACUGUAUAUAUCACUGAAAUAAAAGUUUUAACUUAAGAGAAACUGUAUCCAGAGUUUUUGGAUACAAGGGAAGCUGCACUUUAGACUUCUUUUAGUCCCUUUUAAAUUCUCCCUUCUCUUGACUCAUUUGUUACAACUAAUCUGGGAGGAGGGAUCUCUUUGAUCUCUCAAAUUUGGUCUCUUUGAAAGCUUUCUGUUACUCAGCUGUACUAAGAUGACUCCCCCAGCUGGGUUCAGCACCUGGAAAGCCUCUGGACAGCUGAAGAGCAGUGUCUUUAUCACAGAACACUGAAUUAUCAGCAAAGCCAUCACAGAAAAGGUCACCAGGCAUGGCAAGUUGGGUCUCACUUGAACUGCAAUGUUUCCUGGCCAGUUUUGGGUAGAAUCUGCACAAUGCAGUCACCUGUUGCUGGUCUCAGAGACAAAGGCAGCCCUGAUACUUCUUUCCAGAUGUCUGUUCCCUCUCUUUGCUCUCUAUCAUAAGUCUCUCACAGUUUUAUGUUACUUUGAUAAGCAAUGUAAACUUAAGGCAGGUCAGUCUGUUGGCUGGGCUGGAGCCCAACAAGUAAGAAUUUCACUGUUAAGAUCUUUCCCAGCUUCUACCAAAGAACUGUCUGCUCUCCCUGAGUAGCUUCUUCUGAUUUUCUGCUGCUCAAGUCAAAUGGUAGUACCCAGCAAGUUAGUUGUGCAGAAUAUGAAUUUAAAAAUAAUGCAGGUGCAAGUCACACUUCCUACAGUUCUAAAAUUCUCUAAAACUUCUGUAUGUAUUUUCUGUUUAAAAGUGUACAUAUUAUCCACUGCCUUUAAUGUAUUGCUGAUUAAAUGGUAUGAGGCAA